AUGACAUGCAGCUAUGCAUGGUGCUGGUGUGCAGGACCUGUGCAUGAGUCCCUGCAAGCUGGUCGGUUCAUGCCUGGGAAUGGGAACUUUCCCAUUGGGAAAAUUGGCGAGAAGGAUUUGAAGUUAUUCCGUACCCGUAGUGAGUUGCCGGAACCUGAAAACAAGCCUGGUGACACUAGGAAGCCUUCUGGGCCUGUGAAUGAUGAGGUAGGGGACACUCUUCGGGAUGAGUCACCAGCUACAACCGUUCCAGGCCAUCCAGCAGGUGGCAAAAGUAUGCCUCCGCCACCCCCACCAAUGUCUACCAGGUCCAGUCCACCAUCCCCUGUUUCGAGCUUGAGAUCUAUGGGCACUUCUAGUAGCGAUGUGAAGUCCAAGAAUUCUACGAAGUAUGACAAGUACAAGGAUGGCAGAGAGAAACUUCGAGAGAUGUUCUUGAAAUGCGGGAGUUUCGGGAAGCUUGAGCUAGAGGUUGCCAAGAUGAACCGGCAAACGGCAGCUAACACCUUGAUGGGAGGUUGGCAUAAUGAGGUGUCCCUGAGAGAGAUUAAGAAAUGGGACGCGGACAUGAUAGCUCACUCGAAAGAGUGGGCGCGAAGUCGUGGUCUUCUGCAGAAGAAUGAAGUUCAUGGAAAAGAGGAAUGGAAGAUCCCAACUGACCGGGAGUUCAUGUUCAAGAAUGAAACCGAACAAAGUUCUACAGCUCGUGGCUCCAUGGAAGUGGAGGACAGCGAUGGCACUCUUUUUCUGAAUGAAGUCACUGAAGAGUAUGCUCUGCGGACUGGUACUUCAGGUGAGGAAACCAACCACGCCCAGACUGGUGCAGUCGGUGCUGCGGCCAAUGCCAAGACAUUGGCAUUCCCUGUGCUUCAGACCAACCAGGAUGUAUACAGUCUCUUGGCAGUGUAUAUCGAGCUCUCUGGAAAGAAGGUUGAUAAGACAACGGAACUUGAGGACAAGCUGAAGGCGAUGAAUCUUGACCGAGCCACUGAGUGUCUUGGCAAAGACCAACUUGGUGGACAGAUCAAUGCCCUGUCUUUGCCCUUUAGGAGCAUCAAGCCACCGAAGGCUGCCGAUGCCAAAUCAAAAGCUAGCAAGAAGGACAAGGACACAGGUGUUGCGCAGCAACAAGAAGACCUGGACCUUGACAAGGAAUUUGGUGAAGCAUUAAUUGGACAAUUGGAUUUGCUCAACAAGAUUGCUUCUGCUGGCCGUUCGCAGACGAAUGCCUGCCGCAACCUUCAUUCCCUCAUUCACAGGGCUGGUAUCAUCUUGCCCCUUCGAAUUCACACCGUUGAGAUUCCAGUGAGACGGAAAAAACCCAAGCUUCGCAAACAGUGGGUGCACUAUCCGGUGAUUCUUCCAAGGCACUCGAUGUGCACCCGCUUCCUCUAUGCAGUGCUACCAUCAGAACUCUAUUGGGGAGACCAAACCCUGAGAUACUUGAACCAAUUCUUUGCUGACGACCUGUUGAAGCUGUAUGAGGUUGCCGGGCAUCAGAUCUAUGCAUGCGUGAUUGGUGUCAAAGGCGAUUGGCCUUACCUGCGGAAGGAUUGGUUUGACAUGCGGCCUGAUGCACCAUGGAAGUUGGAAACUCUAGAGGACUGCGACAGUCCGUACAAGCCUGGAGGUACGCCGUUCUUUGUGCUUCCAGGGUUGACCUCACCAGCCCGGGUGAUGAUCGAUUCGGCACAUACGUGGCAUAUAGGGAACCCUAACUAA